CCACUGUGUUCACUUAAGGAUAUUGGAGAAAGAUUAUUAUCAUUUGUAUUUCCGCGAUGUGAUUAUCAGUUAACAGUCUAGUUGCAUUCAGUAGACAAUGUGGCCAAUAAACGGCCAGUGUAAAAGCAAACUUCAUAACAGACAGACUAACUAGCAUAAUCAGUCGUUUUGGGAAUAAAACCUGAUAUUCAUUUACUAAAUGUUUUCAGUUAUAAUUCUGGUAAUGUAAUAGAUGGAUUCGUUUAAAAACAGUUUCAACUUGCAAACGUUUGAUAUUUGUGAGGCUUCUUCAUACGCUUAUUAAUGUAACGGUUUAUGAAAACCUCAAGUAAUAAAGUGGAAUAUUUAGAAAAAAGACAUAUAUUCUGAAUACGUAGAAUACAUAGGAAAUAUUUCGCACAAUGUAAUAAAAUGUAUUUUCAGUUUGACGUACUGAGAAUUUCGACAUGUCUGUAUCUAAUAUCUGUACUAAACAUCUUCUCAAUACACUCAGCUGAAUUAUACAAGAGUAAAUAUAUAUUACCAGUUCUACCAGAAACGCCAUACACACUAAAUGACGUCAUAAUAUUGCCUGAAAACACAAACAUUGUUGAAACAAAGAUAAUUUCUAGACCUACGUCAACAGUCAUAGCUACACUUAAUCUGACAAGUGAAACUUCGUUCCGUCUUGGAUAUGGUAUUGCCUUACAAAACGCUUCUUUGGAAUCAGGGUUACAAAUUGUAACAACGAGCAAGACAACACUAGUAAUUGAACUAGCUACUGGUCUAUUAAAACUUUCUUCUGUCGACGACUAUGGACACAUCUAUCACAUAUUUGCAUUAAAAGACAAUUUUGGAGGAAACCAAGAAACAAAUCUGUUAAUUCAGUCCUCAGUUCCCGAUACCUCGAUCAGUCUGUGUGUUCUCUACAAUGAAGAAGAUAAAAUGAUAAAUAACUUUGCAAAAUAUUCACAAGAAAUUCCCAAGACGACUAACUGCUCCAGAAAGAAAGUACCAGAUUUCGACGGAUUUCUUUUGAAUAAUAUAUCAAUGUUGCCGGGAAUUGAAAUCACAUCUGAACAUCCAAUCAGUAUUCUAGAAGGGCAUUUGAACCAUAUGUUGCCUAUGGACAACACUGAACCAAAUUUCAAUAACUCAGAUAUACCCUUCAGCCCAAUCAGCUGGUAUACGAUUCCUCCGUUUACCAAUAGAAGUAAUCAAUUUGUUCUUAUUCCAAAUCAAGACAAGCGUGAAGUUGAGCUGUGGAUUGUGUCACCGGUCAAUAGUUCUGUGGAAUUCUUUACUAGUGGUGGCAGUAUCAGACACAAUUUGACUGAGAAGAGGCCCUUUAAUAUUAGUAUGACUAUUGAGCCUGGCAGUACCUUCAUCGUUGCAGGGAAAAAUAUAUUCUCUUUGAGUUGUUUCAAUGCAAAUAAAACAGAUUGUGACAACGAUAUAUUGCCUUUAAAUAUAAAUGUAGCUGGCAUGGAUAAUGAUUCAAGUUUGAACAAUGGAUCCCAAUAUGAAGAGUACCAAUGGAUUUAUAUUUCAAACGAUACAACAGUGUUGAUAAUGUGUCCCCUUAACAUAGACAUCAAUGUGUGUUCUUUAAAUGGGACCUUUGAGACUGCUGAAGAAAUUCAUCUUAACGUAAGCAAUGUUGUUCUAAAAAUGAAAUAUUUCCCAAACUCUCAUAGCGGUGUGUACAGGAUUUCACUUAAUUCCACACUUGGUAUGUGUGAUAUACUUUACCUGCAAAAGGUCCGAUUACGGGAAUUUGAUACUGACAUAAGUUGGAAUGAAAGUACUCUUGAAACGAAUGUUCCCUCCUCGUUUGCUAAUGUGUUGAGUAUGUCUGCAAAUGCGUCAUCCAAUUCGACAAGCAAUGGUACCUCUUAUUUCUCUAUCAAUACUUACUCGAGCAAAGAAAAAACUGCAGAAGAGGAUAACACGUCAACAAAAAAGUCUAUUUCCCCUUACAAAAAGACCUCAGGUGUUGGUUUUGCCGAAGGAAAACUUCAGAAUAAAAGUGCCUCAUUCUUGCAACCUGAAGAACACUUAAACGCAAAUACUUUUGUAACAUCAACCUUGUUUAAGGUCACAUCGUAUUCUGCACAGGACAAAUUAACAACGCAAAAUGAUAAUAAAGUGCCCGGUAAAGAUAAUCAGAAAAUAAACGAAGUCUUCGAAAAGAGUAAUUCAAACCAAAGAUUUAAAGCAGUUGUUGACAUUUUACACUCAAAGAACGGAAGUAAAAAUAUAUUAAAUUCAAAAUCUGACAAAAGAAAUAAUCCAAAGUACACUUACACCAUUGACGUAAAUGAUAACUAUGGACUAGAAGGUGAUGGUAAAGAUCCCGUUGCGAUAAUUGCCAGUCUGGUGACAGCUAUUUUAGCAGUAGGUGCUAUAAUUCUUGUAUUUUUGCUCAAGGAAGUUUUCUCACGAAGAAAACAGAUGCGAAAGACUAGAAUAAGACCUUUUAUAUCAUAUUAUUGACGUAGCGAUAUCUCAAAACUAUUUCUCUUUUCAUUGAAGAACAGAAUUUUCUCAAAUAUUUUGAUUAAUUUUUUGAAAAAAUGUGAGCAUUUUUAUAACUUGAUUGUUGCAAUUUUUCCCAUGAAUUUAUGUGCCUAUUUAACUACAGCUAUCACUUAAUAAGAUUAGUACCCCCACAAAAAGCCUUUUGAAUAUGUUAUAAAAGCAAACAUAAUACUCAUUUAUUUUCUGAAUGCUACUCACUGUUCUUUUAUUUUAAAUUGUGAGAUAAUAUAAUGUAUAAACACGAAAGAGUUGUAAGAUUGUAAGUUCCAAAGGUUCGCUAGAUGGGAUCGGACAUGACAAGUCAUUAUAAACAUAAAGUAUAAAUGUUUUGAGAUAGAAUUCUGAACUACGAAUAUUCCCAUUUUUGUACUGUGUAAUAAAAUAGAGAAAACAGAGCAAACAUUUAGAUAAUAAAAACUCCCAGAAAAUGAUUUUUAGCAUAAAGGCCAUAUCUGGAUCAUUUUCUUGCAUAGACAUGUUGUUUCUAUCAUAAGUUUACAUAAACAAAAGCAGACAAUAAGAUACUAAAAUCUCCUAGACAAUUGUAGCAUAAAAACUAUGUUUGGAACAUUUUCGCGCAUACAAGUAUUGUUUCUGUUCUUUUUUUACGUAAUCUGAAUUUGUUUGAAAGUGCAGAAAGGUACGAAAUUCGAAACCAGAACAAAUCGGGUUGUUUUAAUAAUUCGUCUUGAUAACUUGAUUUUUGAUAAUUUGGUAUAAGCAAUGCAAUAAAUUUCUACAUGUCUGGUAAAAUGUUAAAAAUGUUUUCGUAUUUUCAUCAGUAGACUGCUUGCUGAGUAUUGUUUGAACUUUUAAACGCAUUUAUGUCAGGCUUGGAGUAAACCCCUAUUUUGUUGGUUAUCCUAGGGUCUUUUCACGACGAUACUGUUUUAUUUUAUUUUAACUUAACACUUUGUGUUUCUUGAACACCAUGAGAAGCCAAUCUGAGUAAAUAUGAAUUUCACUUGUACUACAUUUUUUGAUAAAAUAGAGAAAAGUGGAAACUUCACAGGUCGCUCAACACGACAAAAACGAAAGUCUGACAGAAAGUGCAUGCAACCUUUUUGACCGAAGCAAACAUGUAUGUUUUAAAGUCACAUAGACUGUAUUGUAAUAAUGGAACUGGUGUGUUCAAAACAUAGAAGCCUUUAUGCAAUCUUUACAAUUUGGAAAAAAGGCCAAUUACUGCUGUCGAAAAAUGAAUUAUUCUGAUCACAUGCACAUGAAAACUGAUAUCUACGUCAUAUCUUUAAGUCUGUCGCAAAAGAAUAAAUUAUUUCUCUCUACUUCAAUUUAAGUUUUGUACUAGAAAUAAACUUUUAACGCGAUUUUAAUUUGAAGACGAUGUAAAAAAUGCCUCAAUUUAAUAAUUAAAAUCAACCGUUCCCGUAUUGUGUAAUUUCUUUUAUUAGUUUAUUUCAUUAAUAAUACAGGAAUUUAAAUCAA